GGGAGGAGAGAGAAGCAAAUCAAAUAUUCAGUGAAACAGAUGAACACAGAUCAUAACACAGAGUGAACAUCAGGAGCAGUGUGAGGCUCGAGACCACAUUUCUCUCAUUAGAGUUUUGUCAUUUGUAACAAUUUUACCUCAACACUUCCUGAAAACACCUGUGGAGGCGAGAAGAGGUGCACUUUUCUCCAGACUCAAGAGGACCGGACCCGUCUCUGACUCGCUCUGACAGGCAGCCAUGGGCUCCAUGGUUCUGGGCUGUGUUACUGACUUCUUCACCUAUGAGACCACCAAGUCUGUGGUGGUGAAGAGCUGGUCUGUGGGCAUCAUCAACCGGAUCGUACAGCUGCUCAUCAUCACUUACUUUGUCGGGUCAGUGUUACUUUUCUCAAUGAUUUCUUGAUAUUUGUCCAUCUCAUGUUUCUGAUUGGAUGCUCUUUGAUUUCUCUCACCUCAACAUGGAUUUACCAAAUUCAUAUAAAUCCUUCUUCCAAUCUAAUUUCAUAUCCAUCCACGAUAGUUGUUGUUGUUUCAGGAUACAAGAAAUCAGCCUGCCUGCAAACUAUCAACAAUGAAAGACUGCAUUUUAGAAAAUCAAUAUCAGCUUUCAUUUUCAUUGUUUACUCAGGAACUGCCCACAGAAAAAUGUGUUUGCUCACAGAACUGAAUACAGCUUAAAACUGUAAAACAGAAGCUGCAAAAUAAGGUCCUCUUUGGUUUAGGGUCAAGGUACAUCAUGAUAAGUAAAACUCAGAGGCUCUUUUAACCUGAAAGGUGCCAGGAGGCAAUCUUGCAUUUUCAGCUUUGUUAAACCUCAUCACUGUUGUGUUAAUUUAGAGAGUAUUUCCAUUUCAACUGCAAAUGCAAACAGUGAAACGAUGGACAAACUAAAGUAAACUCAGAAUACCUCUGAAUUUUAAGAUUAUAGUUGGGUAUUUGUAAAAAGUAAACUGGAGUUAAUAUAGUAUUUUAGUAGGUGUUGCUGUUGUAGAUUUAAAGAUGUGUAUUACAAUAUUUAUAGGAUUACAGCAUUGCACACAAUCCUUGAUCUUUUUUGUUUGUUUGUUUGUUUAACAGAGGUUCUCAGAAAUCUCUCUGAGAGAAUAAAACAAGUCAAGAUCAUCACCCAAACUUUAAAAUCAGCUGAAACCAGAGUUAGUUUUUAAGUGUGAGAAAGUCAUUUUUGAAAGCAUAAUUCUUUUGGGGGGGAUACUUAUUUGCCAUAAAUGCAAAUUUCUCUCGAUAAACACUUGGUCUUUGGUGACUGGACAUGCCUCCAGCCCAAGUCGGUGUAGCUCGUCUCACAUGAAUUGUCGUCCUCACACAAAAAAAAACAUCCUAAUUUGGGGUUCAACAAUAAUAAAAAUAGAGUUAAACGAUCUUAAAUCUUCCCUCCUGAAAUAAUACAUUGCUUAAUUUGUAUUUGAAGCAAACAGCUUAUUUUAUUCAAAUAAUGAUAUUUAUGUCUUGAAAAAUCAACGUUCUUUAGAAAAAACCUGGGUCAAACUAAACAAGGAGACAGAAACACUAGCUUUGUCCGAGUUUUUUUUUCAUCAAAGGUCAAUUUCUGGCCUUUUACACUUACCUUUUAAAGACUGAUCAUCAGCGGAUGGAGUAGAGGAGAUAAUCAGGGCAAAAGGCUGGUGGUGGGAUCCAAGCUCAGGCUGUCUGCUUAUAGCCUGUGAGCAUGGAGCAUAUUAACUUCACUGCUUAACGAAACCCAUUUAUUCCAAUUUUAGACCAUUUUCCUCCCUGCUUCCUCUCACCAUAGUUACAGUUUUCACCGUCAUUUUAACUAAGUAGUAAAUAUCAUUUGUGUCUGAAGGUUAAAAUUUAAACUACUUAACUCUUCUUCUGUCCUUUACAGUUGGGUCUUCAUCCACGAGAAGGCUUAUCAGGUGACGGACACCGGCAUCGAGUCCUCUGUGAUGACCAAAGUAAAAGGCUUUGGUUACCAUAACAACCAUGUGAUGGAUGUGGCUGACUACGUCCUCCCGUCACAGGUUUGUGACCCUGAUAACACGUGGUUAACAUCCACUCAAGGAUGAGUAUGACCUUUGACCUUUAAUGCACACGUGGCUGCUAAUAAUUACUCAUCUAAAAUUAAAUAGAUAAUCAUCAUUCGGAGAAAAUCUUGAACCAGUUCAUCGUUAUUUCUGUCUCCUGAGGCGCGGUCUGACUUUGGUGUAGUGUCUGGUUGGUGUGAUACAUGUACACUCCUCACAGUGUGUGGUUCUGCUGUGUUUCAGGGUGCAGGUGUGUUCUGCAUCAUGACCAAACUCAUCAUCACUGAAAAUCAGUUCCAAGGAAGAUGUCCAGAGGUGAGGACACAUUUAAACCUUUGGUAGCGAAUAAGUUUGAAUGUGUAGCCCAGUAAUAACUGGAGAAGUUGGCCUUUUUGGUGUGAGGCUGGUUCUUUGUUAAGUAUGAGCAGAGCAGUCUGCAGAGUAAAGCACUGAAUGAUAAACUAGUCACCUCAUUUUAUAACUCCCCUCGCCUUCUCAGUCACGUCCCUCUAAGCAGGACUUGUUUAGUGUCUAUCUGCUUUAUUUCACAUGGUGGUCAUUCUUUUGUCAUUUUAAAUAAAUGGUCAGUUGCUGAAUUUCUCGGGAAUUUCCUGUGUCUCCCCCUUACCCAAAGACAGGAAACAAAUGACGUGUUUAUAGCUGGAUGAAUUUGUCACUUUUUGGUCAAACUCCAGGCUUUAAUUUGACCAAAGCUGUUCAUUCUUUAGGAAUCAUGGUUCUUGAAAAAAAAAAAAAAAAUACGCCCUUACAUGAACUCUCCAUGAGUCUGUCUAAGAACUGCACUUUUUUAAUCUAUUUAGUCUUAUCUAUUUCUUGUGUGGAUAUGAGAGGGAGGUAAAAUAAGUGUUUGAAGGCUUCACUGGGUACUUAUUUAGGAUCUUGUGGUCUGACUCUUCAUUCAAACUUUAUUCAUGAACUUUUGUUCCUUUUGGGUGAGACAAUCUAUUCCUGGAACUUUCUCAGUCCUACUUAUGAACCACUGUGACAAACUGCCAUGUUUUUCAAUCAGUUUGUCAGACCUUUCCAUAAUUCUUUGUUAAGUUUGCAUCUGAGCUCCAAUACAUGUUAAUUCUAUUUUUUUCUAUAAUUCUAUGUGGUUGUGUGAAGUUGGAGGACAUCAAUUGAACAAAGCCUUCAAGCUUAUCCAAUCACUUGUUACUCCAUAUGUACGACUGCAUGAUUAAUAAUAGUCCUAUAGCGCUCUUGCUUAAUCCUUGAUCGUUGCACACAAAUUCUACACUUGUUUAUCUGUAUUUCAGACUGGAAAGGGGUUCAAAUGUACAAAAGAUGAAGACUGUCACAAGCAUUAUGGUGCCAUCCUCUCCAAUGGUGAGUCUUGCCUUAAGAUGAAUAUUGUGUGGAAAAGUGACAUAGAGGCAGCAAAGACACUGUUUGAGUUGAAAUAAGUGAUUUUUCAGAAGGAGUCCUUUCAAGCCCACUGCAGGGAUAGCUGUUGUUUUUAUCAGUCCACUGAAAGUUUUCUUUCAUCUCUCUGUUUUAAAAUCCAGGAGUAAUCACAGGCGAUUGCCGUAAGUCCGCUGGUGGCUCUCAUGGCAUGUGUGAGAUUGAAGGAUGGUGCCCGGCUGAGAACGACAGCGUUGUGGUGUAAGAUUGACACGCUCGCACAAACUUGUAAUAACAUAUUUCUACAUUAAAUCCUUCACCUUCAUUCUCACCCUCCUCCUCCUCUCCAACAUCUUUUAAAGAACACAGAUGCUGGAUGUCAGCAACUUCACCAUCUUCAUCAAAAACAGUAUUCGAUUUCCACUUUUUAAUAUCACCAGGUAGGUAACGCCCAAGAGUGCAUGUACACACACUUUUAGUUUUCAGUUUAUAGCAAGUUGGAAAAAAGCUUUUGUACUAAAGUAGCUCAAAUCUUUGUCUACAGAGGGAACUUUCCUGCCACAAUGAAGUCAGACGAGAUCAAGCGUUGCACUUACCAUCCAGAAACAAAUCCUUUCUGCCCCAUCUUUCGAGUGGGGGAUGUGCUGAACUACACCGGGCAAAAUGUGUCAAAUCUGACUGACAAGGUCUCGUCUGUCCCUGACUCCUCCUUCUAUCACAUCAACAUUGAACUGCACUCACUUUCUGUCCUCUAAGCUGAAGUGUUGUUAUAAGAGAGGAAACUUCACACACAGAGACAGUUUAGUGUUUUACUAUCAUGCAGUAUAAACCCAUUUUUGAUCAAACAGGAGUGCACAUCUGUUUUGUUAAAAUACAAACCAGGAAUUGGGUUGUGUUAAGCCUCAUUAAUGAUUUAUAAUUUCUUUCAUACUCUAAAACCAUAGAAGCAAAUUGUUGUAAGUCCUACUUUGAAUGAGCUGUCUGCUGUGUGAAGUUAAACUGACAUGCUAAUAUGUUUGCUAAGUGAGAGCUCAAUUUCCACUAUUUACUCAACAGAACAGUGCACUUAUAUCACAGAGAGUUGAAAACUGUAGAGGUAAAAAUGAGCGAAACUAAAGGAGUUAUGACUGACCUGCUCUACAAACUCCACUCGCAGUAGUUUGAUAGCUGAUGCAAAGAUGCACAGAUUGUUUAAACCACCUCACUUCUUUGAUUACUUCAAACCAGAUAAAAAUCAAACAGCGAGAAGAGAUUUUUUUUUCACACUACAUUUGCAUUAACAGGCAUCACUUCUGAAGCAACAUCCUCAGAGUUAACAACCUGCAAAGAAAGAUUCGGGACAGUCAAGUAUUUGAACGAUGACAUAAGGAGUAUUUAGGCAGUGAAAAUGUCAGUUAUUAUCCACCAAAAGUUUGCCCAGACACUUUCUCAGUAGCAUGAUUUAUAUCUGUGGCCUUUUUUAAACUCAGUAGUGAUAGGUUGGGAGAAACAUUCUCUUUCAGGUUUAAAUUUUUUAUCGCUCAUUUUUCAUCUCUCCUUUUUGAAAAUGUCUCUUUCAGGGUGGCGAAAUAGGAAUAAACAUUGAGUGGAAGUGCAACCUGGACCUUAACAUUGAUUAUUGUGUACCCAAGUACUCUUUCACACGACUAGAUGAACCAUUUGCCAAGAAUGCUGUCUCCAAAGGCUACAACUUCAGGUAGGGGACGGACAGUUUCUUCCUCUUAAUGUCUACUCAGUGCCUUUAUUUCUGUUCUCUCUUGGUCACUUAUUGUCCUCUCUGUGAAUGCAGAUUUGCUAAAUAUUUCAAGACAGAGAAUGGGACUGAUUUCCGGACACUUCACAAGGCCUAUGCGAUUCGUUUUGAUGUCAUGGUCACUGGCAAUGUGAGUGUGGUGAAUUGUUAAACCACAUAUUUUGGAGAUUGCUCUUGAAAUCCUGAACAAUGUGUUAUGUUAUGCCCUAAGAAUAUUCACAGCCUGAUUUAAUGUUGUGUUUAUAACCUUCUCCCUAUUUCCUUGUCUGUGUCACCAGGCAGGGAAGUUUGACACAAUCCCGACUCUGAUCAACUUAGUCGCUGCCUUCACCUCUGUUGGACUGGUAAGAAUUCCAGAUGAGUUUAAAGAUAAUAAAAAAAACUCUUUUCUGUGUCGCUGCCAGUUUUAGUAACACCUCUUUUGUGUUGACAGGGCGCGGUUCUCUGUGAUCUCAUCUUGCUGAACUUCCUAAAAGGGGCAGAACAGUACAAAGCCAAGAAGUUUGAAGAGGUAUCAGCUUUUUUUUUCAGCAGUUUCACUCAAUAGACUGUGACUGUAGAUCUUUGACCGGCAUAUCCAGGUGAGAUGUGUUCAUCUUUGACAAUCUGAUCAUUCAAUUUCCUCCACUGUGUCGUCCAUCCAGGUGUCAGAAGCUCAGAUCGAAGCGUCCCUUGCUCCAAGCCCUGGCAGUCCGCUGUCACUGAAAGGAGGUAUCAAGAGUUCUUAUGACUCUGGAGCCAUUUCCCUCGCCACCUCUGAUCAACAACUUUGACUGGCAAAAACAACAACCUGAUGACAAAAAUGUUACACCUCUUCUCUCCCUAAUUUCCCCCUGCUGUAUGUAUUUUUUUCAAGUCACUGUGACUAAUUAAAGAAGGACCCUUUGCUGACAUUUUUACAGUUGCUGAACUUAAAUAGGUUGUCAGAGGAAAGUAAUAUGCAGCUCUUGCCUCAACAUUUAAGCAAUUUCCCUUGAGAAACACACCUACACUGAAACUCAAUGAAUGGCCGACUCUUAACCACUUGUACCAAGCUUCUUUAAAACCACAGCUAUCAUUCCCUGAUCGACAGAUCUGAUUGUAAAAUUGUAAUUUAUAAAAAGCAUUUUCAUUUCAAAUAACCUCAGCUGUAAUAAAUUGCAUUCUCAUGUUUGAUAGCCAGAAUAUUAAAGCUGAACUCCUCUGUC